AUGGCAGAUCAUUAUGGACACCCGAAAAGGUUUAAAAGACGAUUUCCGUUGCCUGCCGUUAUCUCUGCUGUAUAUGAUACAAACAAUGGAAGUCAUAAAUCUAGAAAGAGAAAAGCUGACCCAAACACAUGGCAAAAGAAUAUCAGAUGUUUAGAGUAUAAUACUGGAGCACGAAAACAAGUAAAUGGCGUAUCGGGAUCACGUAGAGUUGGUAGUGGUUGUAAAGAUACAUGUAAACUAUCAUGUACAAAGAAAUUUACUGAUGAAGAAAGACAAGGUAUAUUUGAUUCGUAUUGGGGAACCAACAAUCACCAAAGGAGACGAGAUUUUACAGUAUCUCAUACUAAAAUAUUUAAGAAAACGGGGUCUAUGACUGGUGGUACUCCUAGUAGAAGAUCCAACACCAUACACUACUUUUUACCACAAGGCAGAGACAACAUUCAUGUCUGUAAGGUCUAUUUUCUGAAUACAUUAGAUAUAUCUGAUUCAACUGUAAAAUACAAUGUCAACAACUCUAAUAAUGGGUUGGUUAUUUUUGCAGAACCAAAAGUACCUGUUAACAAAACGUCUGAUACCAAAAAACAAUGUGUUAUUAACCAUAUCAAUUCUUUUCCAAAAGUUGAUAGUCACUAUUGCAGAGCCACAACUAAAAAAAAAUACCUUGAUCCAAGUUUAAAUAUAAAGGCUAUGUACAGAUUAUAUAGUGUUAAAUGUAAAGAAGAAGGAUCUUUAAUGGUCACUGAAUCUAUGUAUCGAUACAUUUUUAAUACAGAGUUUAAUCUCGGGUUCCACACACCAGGAAAAGACGUUUGCGACACAUGUACUAAAUAUAAAAUGAAGAAAGAAGCCAAUACAUUAACUGAAGUUGAUGACAAGAACCAGGAAGAACAUUUAAAGAGAAAGCAGCAAGCAAGAAAUUCCAAAGAAAAGGAUAAAACAAGAGAUGGCGGAUCUAUCACAGCUGUGUUUGAUCUCCAGCAAGUAAUGACUGUUCCGAAGCUAAAUAUUAGUUCUGCCGAUUACCUUAGGAAUUUGAAUGUAUAUAAUUUAACGGUACUUGAGUUUCAAAGCCACCAAGGACACUGCUACACUUGGAAUGAAACCGAGGGCAAAAGAGGCACAAAUGAAAUUGCUUCAGCAAUUACAAUAUGGCUAGCAGCUAAAGAUGCUGAAGGUUUUGAGCAUGUAAUUCUUUACAGUGAUUCUUGUAAGGUUUUGAGCAUGUAA